UCACUUUUCAACUUCUCUUCUCAUCAUUUCACACAACAUUUGCUCGAUUCCGUCAACUCGCCCUCAAGCGGACACAAAUGCCAACUCAUUCGUCGACUCGAAACGGUACAUCGUCUUCAUUCGCAAACUCCGCGUAGCACCCACUUCUUUUCACCACUUUCACUAUCCUCCCUCCAGCUCCCCUCCUCGGCCGCUGUCCUCUUCUUUUGCUUCAUCCCCCCUCUUCCCUCCAACAUCAACUUCUCACUCCAGCUUCGAUCUUCACUAUUCUCAGUCACCAUAUCGGCCUCUUCCCUUCGCGACAACUCGCCACGGAAACUGUGGAUGCCCCAUUUGCCAUUCUGA